AGGCAAGCAUCGGCUUGAGAAAAACAGAAAACGAAAAAAGAAACUAGUACAAACAAGAAAACACCUAGGCUGCGGCUAAAACAUAAGGCAAAGAUUGCCUAUCUUCCCAGAAGAAUCUGAACACAGCCCUCAUCCGCAGGAGAUAUUUCUGGCCAUCCUUAGAAUGAAACUUCUCCAACUUCGUUUCGCUGUCGAAUGAUACCAUAUCGAUCUCUGAGUCUUCUUCGAGGUAGUGUUAACCACCUAUAGGCGCCGGCCUUCGAAUUCACGUAUCAAUGGCUUCGCUGGCCUCCUUUCCGCCCCCUGGAAGCAAUGCACUCUCUUCCCACUUAAAAUCUGGAAUCCCAAUGAAAUAUCCUUACUUUCUCGCCCUCGCAACCCCAUCUUCGUCUUCUUCGACCACCAACACCAACAAGCUUAUUAGCCGACGAAAUGUCUCUAACACUCGCUCCCCUUACAAGACCCCGCCUCUCCGGAGCAAUGAGAACAAUUUGAACGGUGACCAAAUAAAGCAGCAAAAUGACAACGUCCUAUUGGCUGCAAGCCCCGUCAAUGUCGAUUUGAUGCGGUUGUGCGAAGAGGGUAAGCUCGAUCAAGUGUUAGAUUUUAUGGCUCAAGGUGCUGCCGUUGCUGAUUAUGCUGUUCUUCUUGCGCUGUUGAAUUUAUGUGAGAAUACCAAAUCGCUUGAGUCAGGAAAAAGGGUUCACGAGUUCCUCAGACGCUCGCCGUUUCGCGCGGACAUGGAGUUGAAUAACAGAUUGACAAGAAUGUACGCAAAAUGUGGCAGUAUGAACGAUGCGCGCAGAGUGUUUGAUAAAAUGCGGGAGAGAGAUAUCAGUUCGUGGCAUUUGUUGAUUGAUGGAUACACGGAGAAUGGUCUUGGAGAUGACGCUUUAUUGUGUUUUACAAAGAUGAAGCAGGAAGGAAUAAGGCCUAGUAGGGAAUCCUUUGCAUUGGUAUUGGCUGCAUGUGCUCGAGCUGAAGCUGUGAAAGAAGGGUUCAUGCAUUUUGAAUCUAUGAAGAAUGAGUAUGAAAUUGUUCCUGGCAUUGAACAUUAUUUGGAGGUUAUUAACACUCUGGGCAAUGCUGGUCAUUUGAAAGAAGCCGAGGAGUUCAUUGAGAAAAUGCCAUUUGAACCUACAGUGGAGGUUUGGGAGGCUCUUCAAACCCUGGCACAAAAUCAUGGAGAUCUAGAUCUUGAAGAUCACGCACAAGAGUUGUUGGUAGAUCUUGAUCCUUCAAAAGCAAAAGCCUUUUCUAAUAAACUCCCUGUGCCUUCAAGUAAGAGACAGUCUGCAAUCAACAUGCUUGAGGAGAAAAAUAAAAUCACUGAAUAUCGGCAUAACAUAUCUUACAGAGGAGAGGCAAAUGAGAAAUUGAGAGGCUUGAGUGGGCAAAUAAGGGAAGCAGGUUAUGUUCCUGAUACAAGAUAUGUUCUACAUGACAUUGAUGAGGAAGCAAAAGAGAAGGCUUUGCAAUAUCAUAGUGAGCGUUUGGCUAUUGCUUAUGGUCUCAUCAGUACUCCCCCAAGGACUACUCUUAGGAUUAUCAAGAAUCUCCGUAUCUGUGGUGAUUGCCACAAUGCCAUAAAAAUCAUGUCAAAGAUUGUUGGAAGAGAGCUCAUCGUAAGGGAUAACAAGCGAUUCCAUCAUUUCAAAGAUGGCGAGUGCUCCUGCGGGGAUUAUUGGUAGCGAUUGUAUUAGAGCAAGCAGGUGUGGUCGUACAUACUCAGUCCUCAGCAGUAGUGCUUUUCUGUAUUUUGUGCUGCCAAAACUUGUACAUCAUUAUAAAAUGAUGAAAAAUACUUAAAAAGGAAAACUUCACUUAAAAUAACCAAUCCCAACUUCAGAGAAUUUAAAUCCUUAUUCGUUGGACUAGUGGGAUAAAGGCUUGUUGUUGUUGUUGUUGUUGUUGGACUAGGGGUCACAGUAAGUUUUUGGAUAAGGUACCAGCUGUAUGUCACACUUUCCAUCUAACAACAAUAACAUUUCGUGUGCUGCAUAAUAUUUAUUGGUACCAGGUUGGAUUUGUAGAGAGUUCU